AUGAUGAAACGUAUACAACAGGUUUUACAAUCACUGAUGUUACUUGCCCGUUGGGGGAGAGAACGGCUAGAAAAGUCCUUAGUCGUAGAUGGAGGGGGACUACUGGUCCUGUUGUGGGCCGCGCCGGGCCAGCCACCCAGCGGCCAGGUGGUCAACUGCACAGUUGCAGUUGCAGGACCCUGGUGCUCAGGAGUCACAGUGGAAGAAGUCCAACAAGAGUUCUGGAGGAGACUGGGCCCCUCCCCCUGCCCUGCCCCUGACCCAGAGGAACUAUGUGCCUUCACCGAAAUCUUUGGCCCUCUCCACUUCCUUCUGUCCUUUCAGAUCAGUGAGGUGAAACUGGACAGGUGUAAGGUGUGGUCACACACAGAGGGCUUCUUGCACAAACUGAGCCUGACUAAUGCAGGGGUGAAAAUUCACCUCAAAUUGAAAUUGGAAGGAGAAACAUACCAGAGAAUUUUUAGUGGGAAGGCAGAGAGACUCACCCUGAAGGACCAGACUGUGAUCAUGGACGUUGCUUCUUCUAUCACGCAGCCUCCCAUGUCAGUAGGAGCAGGCCCGUGGUGCCAGCGAGUCCACCCUGUAUUAGGAGGUGGGUUACCUCUACUUAUCCCGCCUGAGGCCAUGGAGAGAGGCCUGUAUGGGGAGCUGCACCUUCUACCAGUCACUGUUCUCACCCCCUGUGUGUUGCAGUACCCCAACCUGGCAACCAGAGUCACACGCAUACAGGUGCUGCUGUACAGCCCCAGUAACCUUCCCCUGCUGGGGCCCUCAGCCUUCCUACAGCAGCUGCCUGCCUGUCUGGCCCUGGAGGGGCUGGGUCUCUCUGGGCUUACCUGUACCCCAACACACUCCUCCACCUCAGAUCCACUCUGCAGUGACACUGUGUACAGUAUAGACAGAGCACAGUGUCAGGAAACUGAGCCAGAAUGGAUCCCCGCUGUGGAUCAGAACCUCUCUCUGUUCCUGUUCCUCCAGCACAGUGACCCCUUCCACUCCCAGUUCUCUGACUUCAUGGCCAGCGAGGAGCUGUUAGAGCUCCACCUGGAGGAUGUGUUGAGGUACAACAGGGAGGCGGUGACAGCAGCCCUGAACACACUGCUGCAGAGCACGCUGAAAGACCAGCAGCUGAGAGACAAGGCUCAGGAGAAGAUGUGCUCUGCCCUGGGGGUGAUGCUGAGAUCUAUAGGCUGUGUGGUGAGCAGCAGCACCAACAUGGAGUUCAGAGCAGCCUGUCUGGACCGCAUGAUGGUGCAGGACACCUAUGAGCUGUCAGCCUCUCUCCAUGAGUCUCUACAGAGAGUCACAGCUGGCCGUGUAGUGCCUAGUGGCAGGUGUUACUGGGGACAGGCGGACACACUCACCUGCAGCAGACCUAAGAACUUUGCAAGUGGGAAGGAAAUCUGA